ACCGGUGGCAUGUCUUGGUUCAGUGUAAACACCAGCAGCAACGCCACUUGGGAAAGCUCCUCCGGGGAUGAGCCUCGGGACGAGCGUCUGGCUCGGGUGGAAAUAGCUCUUCUGUCCAUCAUCUUCCUCGCAGCGGGACUCCUGAACUUUGGGCUCCUGCUGGUGUUGUGCACGCGGAGGAAGCAGCUCUCCAGGAUGCGUGUCUUUGUUUUCCACUUGUGCGUCGCAGAUCUGGUGGUCACGUUCUUCCAGGUCUGUCCCCAGCUUAUGUGGGACAUCACGGACAGGUUCGUCGGUCCGGACGUUCUGUGUCGUGUGGUGAAAUACCUUCAGGUGGUCGGGAUGUUUUCAUCCACCUACAUGAUCGUAGUGAUGACCAUUGAUCGGUAUCAGGCUAUCUGUAACCCCAUGGUGACCUUCCAGAGGAAGAGAGCGCGCUUGAACGGCCUGGUGUGCGCUGCAUGGUGCGUCUCCCUCAUCGGCAGCCUCCUGCAGAUCUUCAUCUUCUCACGGGUCGAGGUUGCGCCCGGUGUGUACGGCUGCUGGGCUCAGUUCAUCAAGCCGUGGGGUCUCAGAACACCGGUUCUCAUCGUCAGCGUGUGCCAAGUGCGCAUCUGCUGCGCCGUGCACUCCAGCUUCCACAUGAAGAUGCAGCGGAGCGCGGAGGAGCCCGCCUCUGGCUCCUCUGAUCCAUCUAACACUGAACACUAUUCACAACACUUUGAUUUACUUUGUAAUCAGGUCCUGGACGUGGUUGCCCCUCUCAAACUUUGCAAGUCUCGGCCUAGGAGGGAGCCUUGGCUCGCUGAUGUCACACGGGCUUGCAGGCGGGCGUGUAGAUUCUCUGAGAGAAAGUGGAAAAAGGAUGGCCUACAGGUCUCGCGUGAGUUCAGAGCAUCUCUGGUUGCUUAUCAGGAAAAACCUCAAAUAGAUCAGAGUCAGCUAAAUGUGAGACCAGCUGCUGAUAAACAACUUUCUCAAGCAGUUUAG